UGCGAUGACAAUUUGAAAUUAAUUACCCGUGUAAGCGAAGUCCUGAUUUAACAUUUUUCAUUAUCACGAUUUAACCUUUCGUUUGAAUGUUAGUAGACGUCGUUGAUUAUUAAAAAAGUAGAUGAUAUUUUUCAGUGAAACUCUGCUUUUUGCUUCGAUUAUUGGCUUUAUCGGAGCCCACUCUCACAAGUUAUGUGGUCAGCGAUCAAUAGAGUUACGCCAUCGUGUUAAAAGGGUCGUUGGUGGUAAAGAAGCAGUUCCUCAUUCUUGGCCAUGGAUAGUAAAUUUCAUCGAUCAAGACAACCGUCAACAAUGUGCAGGUUCUAUCAUUGCUAGAGAAUGGAUUCUCACUGCUGCUCAUUGUUUCUUAGUUGACCCAGCGCCAGCUCCACCAAUCAUUAAAAACUACACUUUCCAUGUUGCUGACCAUCGAUUAAACUUCACUGACCAAGAGGAGUAUAUUUUAAACAUAUCAAAUGUUUACAUUCAUCCAUGGUAUGUUCCUGGUAGUUCUGUAUCUCCUGGAGAUUAUGAUAUUGCGUUAGUCAAACUUUCGGAGCCAUUGGUCUUUAGUGAUUACGUUCAGCCAGUUUGUCUUGCUGAAAGUAAUGCUACGUUUAAUGAAAAUGAUACAUGUUAUCUCGUUGGUUGGGGAAACACAAUGAAUGUGCAAAGUUAUAACCGAUCAUUUUAUUUGAAAGAAGUCCAACUUGAUUUGGUUAGUCUCAAUGAAUGCAACAGUAAUGUAUCCUACAAAGGUCAGGUAUCAGAACGAUUUAUCUGUGCUGGUCGUAAGGAAGGUGGUAUUGAUGGAUGUUAUGGAGACAGUGGAGGGUCUUACCAAUGUGAUCGUAAUGGUACAUGGAAACAACUUGGAAUUAUGAUUUGGGGUAUUGGUUGUGCUGAACCAAAUCACUAUGGUGUUUAUACUGACGUUAGAGCUUUUCAUCCUUUUAUAAACAGCAUACAAGAAGGUGUUAACUCAAAUUUGGUAUCAUACUACAUGAAAACUUUAGUACAAAUCGAACCUGACGAAGAAAUAAGAAAUUCAACAAUCCUGUAUCAGUUGAUGACAAAUAAAAGCGUGUUUUCUGCUGUUGAUUUAGUGAGAAACUUUCAAUUUAUACCAUAUCAAAUCACGUUACUGAACAAAACAACGCUAGAGGAUCUUAUUUUUGUGAGUUACAUGCACAAUUUGAGUGCAAACACAACAUCAUUAAAGUAUAUCAGUGAGACAUUCAGUGUUCAGUCUCAUAGACUUUAUAUUUACUACAAAAGUCGUGAGGUGAUGAGAGAGUUCAAUGUCACGUUCAACGAAAUUAUCAUCUCCAUCAAUUUGACAAAAGAUGAAUUCUUGGAUUCAAUGAUAAAUGUGAUAGAAAAAGCUAGACGUCAACUGUACAUCAUGAAAUAUGUUGCUGACUUGAAAGGAUACAGGAAUUUAUUACUUACUUUCCAAUCUGGUUUGAACGUCAUAUUGAAUGAAUCUAGAAUUGUUAGUUAUCUGAGUCGAUGGAAAACUGAUGAAUUAAAAACAUUGGACAAAAAUACAAUCAAACAACUUUUGGUAAAGCAAAAUGGAAACUUGUUCACCGCAACGUUAACCAUUCGUAACUUGUCAUCAUUCUUUGAAACGAGUUUAAAUAAUUUGAAAAACAUGACAGUUCAAAGUUUACUCAUCAAAAUGUUAAACAUCAGUGUUAGAAAUUAUAGAAAGUGGUAUAACUUCAGUGAAAUCCAGAUGAAAGCUGUUGAAGACGUAAGGAUUUCAACUGUUGCUAUGUUUGGUCACAUGACUUUGGUGGGCAUCACCAACAAUAUUUUAAUGAAAAAAGAAAAUAUGCCUUAUAUUUGUGGACAACGCAAGAUUACAAACAAUUUACACCAUCGUGUUAAAAGGAUCAUUGGUGGUAAAGAAGCAGUUCCUCAUUCUUGGCCAUGGAUAGUAAAUUUCAUCGAUCAAGACAACCGUCAACAAUGUGCAGGUUCUAUCAUUGCUAGAGAAUGGAUUCUAACUGCUGCCCAUUGUUUCUUAGUUGACCCCGUGCCAGCUCCACCAAUCAUUAAAAACUACACUUUCCAUGUUGCUGACCAUCGUUUGAACGUUACUAAUGCUAAUGAACACACAGUUAAAACGUCGAAUGUUUACAUUCAUCCAUGGUAUGUUCCUGGUAGUUCUGUAUCUCCUGGAGAUUAUGAUAUUGCGUUAGUCAAACUUUCGGAGCCAUUGGUCUUUAGUGAUUACGUUCAGCCAGUUUGUCUUGCUGAAAGUAAUGCUACGUUUAAUGAAAAUGAUACAUGUUAUCUCGUUGGUUGGGGAAACACAAUGAAUGUGCUAAGUUAUAACCGAUCAUCUUAUUUGAAAGAAGUCCAACUUGAUUUGGUUAGUCUCAAUGAAUGCAACAGUAAUGUAUCAUAUAAAGGUCAGGUAUCAGAACGAUUUAUCUGUGCUGGUCGUAAGGAAGGUGGUAUUGAUGGAUGUUAUGGAGACAGUGGAGGGUCUUACCAAUGUGAUCGUAAUGGUACAUGGAAUCAACUUGGAAUUAUGAUUUGGGGAAUUGGUUGUGCUGAACCAAAUCACUAUGGUGUUUAUACUGACGUUAGAGGUUUUCAUCCUUUUAUAAACAGCAUACAAGAAGGUGUUAACUCAAAUUUGACAUCAUACUACAUGAAAACUUUAAUAGAAAUUGAACCUGACGAGGAAAUAAGAAAUUCAGCAAUCCUGUAUCAGUUGAUGACAAGUAAAAACGUGUUUUCUGCUGUUGAUUUAGUGAGAAACUUUCAAUUUAUACCAUAUCAAAUCACGUUACUGAACAAAACAACGCUAGAGGAUCUUAUUUUUGUGAGUUACAUGCACAAUUUGAGUGCAAACACAACAUCAUUGAAGUAUAUCAGUGAGACAUUCAGUGUUCAGUCUCAUAGACUUUAUAUUUACUACAAAAGUCGUGAGGUGAUGAGAGAGUUCAAUGUCACGUUCAACGAAAUUAUCAUCUCCAUCAAUUUGACAAAAGAUGAAUUCUUGGAUUCAAUGAUAAAUGUGAUAGAAAAAGCUAGACGUCAACUGUACAUCAUGAAAUAUGUUGCUGACUUGAAAGGAUACAGGAAUUUAUUACUUACUUUCCAAUCUGGUUUGAACGUCAUAUUGAAUGAAUCUAGAAUUGUUAGUUAUCUGAGUCGAUGGAAAACUGAUGAAUUAAAAACAUUGGACAAAAAUACAAUCAAACAACUUUUGGUAAAGCAAAAUGGAAACUUGUUCACCGCAACGUUAACCAUUCGUAACUUGUCAUCAUUCUUUGAAACGAGUUUAAAUGAUUUGAAAAACAUGACAGUUCAAAGUUUACUCAUCAAAAUGUUAAACAUCAGUGUUAGAAAUUAUAGAAAGUGGUAUAACUUCAGUGAAAUCCAGAUGAAAGCUGUUGAAGACGUAAGGAUUUCAACUGUUGCUAUGUUUGGUCACAUGACUUUGGUGGGCAUCACCAACAAUAUUUUAAUGAAAAAAGAAAAUAUGCCUUAUAUUUGUGGACAACGCAAGAUUACAAACAAUUUACACCAACGUGUUAAAAGAGUCAUUGGUGGUAAAGAAGCAAAUCCUCAUUCUUGGCCAUGGAUAGUAAAUUUCAUCGAUCAAGACAACCGUCAACAAUGUGCAGGUUCUAUCAUUGCUAGAGAAUGGAUUCUAACUGCUGCCCAUUGUUUCUUAGUUGACCCAGCGCCAGCUCCACCAAUCAUUAAAAACUACACUUUCCAUGUUGCUGACCAUCGCUUGAACGUUACUAAUGCUAAUGAACACACAGUUAAAACGUCAAAUGUUUAUAUUCAUCCAUGGUAUGUUCCUGGUAGUUCUGUAUAUCCUGGAGAUUAUGAUAUUGCGUUAGUCAAACUUUCGGAGCCAUUGGUCUUUAGUGAUUACGUUCAGCCAGUUUGUCUUGCUGAAAGUAAUGCUACGUUUAAUGAAAAUGAUACAUGUUAUCUCGUCGGUUGGGGAAACACAAUGAAUGUGCAAAGUUAUAACCGAUCAUUUUAUUUGAAAGAAGUCCAACUUGAUUUGGUUAGUCUCAAUGAAUGCAACAGUAAUGUAUCCUACAAAGGUCAGGUAUCAGAACGAUUCAUUUGUGCUGGUCGUAAGGAAGGUGGUAUUGAUGGAUGUUAUGGAGACAGUGGAGGGUCUUACCAAUGUGAUCGUAAUGGUACAUGGAAUCAACUUGGAAUUAUGAUUUGGGGAAUUGGUUGUGCUGAACCAAAUCACUAUGGUGUUUAUACUGACGUUAGAGCUUUUCAUCCUUUUAUAAACAGCAUACAAGAAGGUGUUAACUCAAAUUUGGCAUCAUACUACAUGAAUACUUUAAUAGAAAUUGAACCUGACGAAGAAAUAAGAAACUCAAUAAUCCUGUAUCAGUUGAUGACAAAUAUAAACGUGUUUUCUGCUGUUGAUUUAGUGAGAAACUUUCAAUUUAUACCAUAUCAAAUCACGUUACUGAACAAAACAACGCUAGAGGAUCUUAUUUUUGUGAGUUACAUGCACAAUUUGAGUGCAAACACAACAUCAUUGAGGUAUAUCAGUGAAACAUUCAGUGUUCAGUCUCAUAGACUUUAUAUUUACUACAAAAGUCGUGAGGUGAUGAGAGAGUUCAAUGUCACGUUCAACGAAAUUAUCAAGUCUAUCAAUUUGACAAAAGAUGAAUUCUUGGAUUCAAUGAUAAAUGUGAUAGAAAAAGCUAGACGUCAACUGUACAUCAUGAAAUAUGUCGCUGACUUGAAAAGAUACAGGAAUUUAUUACUUACUUUCCAAUCUGGUUUGAACGUCAUAUUGAAUGAAUCUAGAAUUGUUAGUUAUCUGAGUCGAUGGAAAACUGAUGAAUUAAAAACAUUGGACAAAAAUACAAUCAAACAACUUUUGGUAAAGCAAAAUGGAAACUUGUUCACCGCAACGUUAACCAUUCGUAACUUGUCAUCAUUCUUUGAAACGAGUUUAAAUGAUUUGAAAAACAUGACAGUUCAAAGCUUACUCAUCAAAAUGUUAAACAUCAGUGUUAGAAAUUAUAGAAAGUGGUAUAACUUCAGUGAAAUCCAGAUGAAAGCUGUUGAAGACGUCAAGAUUUCAACUGUUGCUAUGGUUGAUCACAUGACUUUAGUUGAAAUUACUGAUUAUAUUUUAAUGGAAAAAGAAAAAACAAAUAAAUGCAGUCGCUCAAAGUGUUCUAUAAAUGCUCAAUGUAGUCAAAGUUCGCGACAUUCUUACACAUGUCGUUGUAAUAAUGGUUACAUUGGUGAUGGUGAGGAGUGCGAAACAGGAAACGCAUUAUUUCAAUCACAGCUUGUUAUUGACCAAACAUUUACUGAAGCACUCAAUGAUCCAAACUCCGACGAAUUCAAAAGAAUUGCUAAAGCUAUUGAAAGCAGUUUGUCAGCCUCAAUUCGAAGUUCAAAGAUGCUCAUUGGUUUUAUUGGCAUUCAAGUAACAGAACUUAAAAGGGGAAGCAUUAUCGCUGUGUACAUUAUGAUAUUCAAGUUGAAGUCUGGAGAGUCAGUGAAUACAACGACGUUGUCCACAGCUCUUAAUAAUGCAGUAUUUUCUCUUCCUGUUUUACCAUUAAAUGGUAGCAUCAUCACCCGAACAGAUCUAUGUAUUCUUGGUUCACAUGGCUGUCAUGCAAAUGCAAGUUGUAGUUCUGUAGGAAGCAGUGUUACUUGCUCAUGUAAACAAAAUUACUUCGGUGAUGGGAAAAAUUGUGUUGAUCCAUGUGCCGGUCAUUCAUGUCCCGCUUACUCGAACUGUUUACGAGAACUUGACGGCAACCGCCGAUGUGUAUGUAAAAAUGGAUACUCGAAAGAAGACGGCUAUUGUGAGAAAGUUCCUAAUGAUUACAGAGCAGCAUUGAUAGCUGUAUGCUGCGUAUUUGGUACAAUGCUCUUACUCAUACUCAUUUUUGGUGUGUAUCGAUAUUAUACGAAGAGACGUGUGAAUUCUUCCAACAUUUCAUCGAGAAUGGCUCUUGAAAAUGAAGGUUUCAAUAUGAAAGCUUUUUAAAAAAACAAAAAACACAAUACGUUAAUUUUGUAUAUAUAGUAUUCUAAACUCAAGUAAUGAACAAACUAUCGCUAGACACUGCUGUGUCUUGGAUAUAUAAAAUCCAUAAGACAGUCGACAUUUUGGGAUUCACUAAGUUUUAUGCUUUGUGUUAUUCUAAUUUAUUUCACCAUUUUCUUGCACCAGUUCGAUUAAUUUAAAUUUCAUAUUCAAUUUCAAUUUUGAAACAUCAAACUUUACAAGCGCGAAUAUAUUUUGCCCUCUCCAAA